AGUGAGGAGUGCGGGCGCGCUUCGACGGGGCUGUGCCGUGCCAAACCGAGCCGCGCUCCCGGUGAUGCGCAGCGCUCCCUCCGUUUAGCCGCCCGCUGCCAUGGCGGUGCCGCCCGGCGCGGCCUCGACCUCCGGAGGGGCAGCGGGGGUCCCGGCGGCUCUGCGGGCCGCCGCCUGGCUCCUGGCGUUCGUCGCGCUGUGCCGGGGCCGCGCCGCAGCCUGCCCGCCGCUCUGCGCCUGCAGCGGCACCACGGUGGAUUGCCACGGUACGGCCCUGCGAGCCGUGCCCAAGAGCAUCCCCCGCGGCACCGAGCGCCUGGAGCUCAAUGGCAACAACAUCACACGUAUCCACAAGAAUGACUUCUCUGGACUGAAGCAGCUCCGUGUCCUGCAGCUGAUGGAAAACCAGAUCAGUGUGGUGGAGCGUGGUGCAUUUGAUGACAUGAAGGAGCUGGAGCGGCUACGGCUGAACCGCAACCAGCUGCACACCCUGCCCGAGCUCCUCUUCCAGCACAACCAGGCUCUGUCCAGGCUGGACCUGAGCGAGAACUUCAUCCAGGCCAUCCCCAGGAAGGCUUUCCGUGGGGCCACAGACCUCAAGAACUUGCAACUGGACAAGAACCAGAUCAGCUGCAUUGAGGAUGGGGCUUUUCGGGCUCUGCGGGGGCUGGAAGUCCUGACGCUGAACAACAACAACAUCACGUCCAUCCCCGUCUCCAGCUUCAACCACAUGCCCAAGCUGCGAACGUUCCGCCUGCACUCCAACCACCUGUUCUGCGACUGCCACCUGGCCUGGCUGGCACAGUGGCUCCGCCAGCGGCCCACCAUCGGGCUCUUCACACAGUGCGCAGCCCCGGCACAGCUCCGCGGCCUCAAUGUGGCUGAGAUCCAGAAGAACGAGUUCAGCUGCUCUGGACAAGCAGAUGGAGUGCAUGCGCAGCUCUGCAGCUUGUCCUCUGGCUCCUGCCCGGCCAUGUGCACCUGCAGCAAUGGCAUCGUGGACUGUCGGGGCAAGGGGCUGACAGCCAUCCCCGCCAACCUGCCCGAGACCAUGACGGAGAUACGCCUGGAGCUCAAUGGCAUCAAGUCCAUCCCCCCGGGUGCCUUCUCCCCCUACAAGAAGCUUCGUCGGAUAGAUCUGAGCAACAACCAGAUCUCGGAGAUCGCCCCCGACGCCUUCCAGGGUCUGCGCUCUCUCAACUCGCUGGUGCUGUAUGGCAACAAGAUCACCGACCUCCCCAAGGGCGUCUUCGGGGGACUUUUUGCCCUGCAGUUGCUGCUCCUCAAUGCCAACAAGAUCAACUGCGUGCGUGCGGAUGCCUUCCAGGACCUGCAGAACCUCUCGCUGCUCUCGCUCUAUGACAACAAGAUCCAGAGCCUGGCCAAGGGCACCUUCACCUCACUGCGUGCCAUCCAGACCCUGCACCUGGCCCAGAACCCCUUUGUCUGUGACUGCAACCUGAAGUGGUUGGCGGAUUUCCUUCGUGCCAACCCCAUUGAGACCAGCGGUGCCCGCUGUGCCAGCCCCCGGCGCCUGGCCAACAAGCGCAUUGGGCAGAUCAAGAGCAAGAAGUUCCGCUGCUCAGCCAAAGAGCAGUAUUUCAUCCCAGGGACAGAGGAUUACCAGCUGAACAGUGAGUGCAACAGCGACGUGGUGUGCCCCCCGAAGUGCCGCUGCGAGGCCGGCGUGGUGGAGUGCUCCAACCUGAAGCUCACGAAGAUCCCAGAGCGCAUCCCACAGUCCACAGCCGAGCUGCGCCUGAACAACAAUGAAAUCUCCAUCCUGGAGGCCACGGGCGUCUUCAAGAAGCUGCCUCACCUGAAGAAAAUCAACCUCAGCAACAACAAAGUGUCGGAGAUCGAGGAUGGGGCAUUCGAGGGGGCUGCAUCCGUCAGUGAACUGCACCUCACCGUCAACCAGCUGGAGUCAGUGCGGAGCGGCAUGUUCCGGGGGCUGGACGGACUGAGGACAUUGAUGCUGAGGAACAACCGCAUCAGCUGCAUCCACAACGACAGCUUCACGGGGCUGCGCAACGUGCGCCUGCUCUCACUGUACGACAACCAGAUCAGCACCAUCGCACCGGGUGCCUUCGACACGCUGCAGUCCCUCUCCACACUGAACCUGCUGGCCAACCCCUUCAACUGCAACUGCCAGCUGGCCUGGCUGGGGGACUGGCUGCGCAAGAGGAAGAUCGUGACGGGGAACCCGCGGUGCCAACACCCCGACUUCCUCCGGCAGAUCCCGCUGCAGGACGUGGCCUUCCCUGACUUCAGGUGUGAGGAAGGUCAGGAGGAGACGAGUUGCAUCCCACGGCCUCAGUGCCCUCAGGAGUGCACCUGCCUUGACACCGUGGUGCGCUGCAGCAACAAGCACCUCAAGGCCCUGCCCAGGGGUAUCCCCAAGAAUGUCACCGAGCUCUACCUGGAUGGAAACCAGUUCACCCAGGUGCCGGGUCAGCUCUCCACCUUCAAGUACCUGCAGCUGGUCGAUCUGAGCAACAACAGGAUCAGCUCACUGAGCAACUCCUCCUUCACCAACAUGAGCCAGCUCACCACCCUGAUCCUCAGCUACAACUCCCUGCAGUGCAUCCCUCCACUGGCCUUCGAGGGCCUCCGCUCCCUGCGGCUGCUGUCUCUCCAUGGCAACGAUAUCUCCACCCUCCCUGAGGGCAUCUUCGCGGAUGUCACCUCACUGUCCCACCUAGCCAUCGGGGCCAACCCACUGUACUGCAGCUGCAACCUGCGCUGGCUCUCCAGCUGGGUGAAGACAGGCUACAAGGAGCCAGGCAUUGCCCGCUGCGCCGGGCCCCCCGACAUGGAGGGCAAACUGCUGCUCACCACCCCUGCCAAGAAGUUUGAGUGCCAAGGGCCCCCAUCCCUGAUCGUGCAGGCCAAGUGCAACCCCUGCCUCUCCAGCCCCUGCCGCAACCAGGGCACCUGCCACAACGACCCGCUCGGCUCCUACCGCUGCGCCUGCCCCAUCGGCUACAAGGGCAGGGACUGUGAGGUGGCGUUGGAUGGCUGCUCCCAAAACCCCUGUGCCAAUGGGGGCACCUGCCAGCCCCAGGAUGGGGACAGGGACGGUUUCAGGUGCCUGUGUGCAGCAGGCUUUGAGGGUCCGAGCUGCCGCACCGCCAGUGACCCCUGCAAGGAGCACAGCUGUGAGAAUGGGGGCUCCUGCGUGGCUGCUGCCACCAACUACACCUGCCUGUGCCCUGCUCACUACACAGGGGAUUUCUGUGAGCAGCCACCAGAUUUCUGCUCGGCCGAGCUCAGCCCGUGCCAGCAUGGCUCCACGUGCAUCCCCACCAGCCAGGGGCCCAGGUGUGAGUGCGCACCCGGCUACGUGGGAACCAACUGCAGCAAGGACUUCGACGACUGCCAGGACCACCGGUGCCAGAACAACGCUCGCUGCGUGGAUGAGGUGAAUGGCUACUCCUGCCUCUGCGCCGAGGGCUACAGUGGACAACUGUGCGAGAUGCCACCCCAUGCCGCCGGGCAGCCCGGGCUCUGCGAGCGCGCCGAGUGCCAGAAUGGGGCCGCCUGCGUGGAGCGGGGCUCCCGUGCCCUCUGCCAGUGCCUGCCUGGCUUUGGCGGCCCCAAGUGUGAGAAGCUGCUGAGCGUCAACUUUGUGGACCGCGACACGUACCUGCAAUUCACCGACCUGCAGGACUGGCCCCGGGCCAACAUCACCCUGCAGGUCUCCACGGCUGAGGACAACGGCAUCCUGCUGUACAACGGUGACAGCGAUCACAUGGCUGUGGAGCUGUACCAGGGCCAUGUCAGGGUCAGCUAUGACCCCGGCACCCACCCCAGCUCAGCCAUAUACAGUGCCGAGACCAUCAACGACGGGCAGUUCCACACUGUGGAGCUGGUGACCUUCGACCAAAUGGUGAACCUCUCCAUCGAUGGUGGCAGCCCCAUGACCAUGGACAACUCGGGCAAGCACUACACGCUGAACAGCGAGGCCCCACUCUAUGUCGGGGGGAUGCCCGUGGAUGUCAACUCAGCCGCCUUCCGCCUCUGGCAGCUCCUCAAUGGCACCAGCUUCCACGGGUGCAUCCGCAACCUCUACAUCAACAAUGAGCUGCAGGACUUCACCAAGACACGGAUGACACCCGGCGUGGUGCCGGGCUGUGAGCCCUGCCGCAAACUGUACUGCCUGCACGGCAUCUGCCAGCCCACCGGCGCCCAGGGACCCGUCUGCCAUUGCGAGCCUGGCUGGGAUGGGCCCCACUGUGACCAACCCCGUGGUGGCCCCUGCCAGGGGCACAAGUGCGUGCACGGGCUCUGCCUGCCCCUCGACGCCCUCUCCUACAGCUGCCAGUGCCACCAGGGCUACCAGGGUGCCCUGUGCAACCAGCCCAGCACACCGCCCGACCCCUGCCGCCUCCUGUCCUGCCACCACGGCCGCUGCCGCCUCACCCCAGGCGGCCAGCCCGUAUGUGAGUGCCAUAGCGGCUACAGCGGGACCCUCUGUGACCAAGAGCCCGAGUGCCACGGAGAGCCGGUACGGGACUACCACCAGGUGCAGCGGGGCUACGCCAUCUGCCAGACCACGCGGCCGGUGCCCUACGUGCAGUGCCGGGGCACGUGCGGCGGUGACACCGACACCGGCUGCUGCAUCGGGCUGCGGCCGCGGCGCAGGAAAUAUGCCUUCGAGUGCAGCAACGGCGCGACCUUCGUGGAGGAGGUGGAGAAGCCCAGCAAGUGCGGCUGCAGCCCGUGCCUCUGAGCGCCGGGGUGCGGGGGCUGCUGCGGACAGCGGGGGGGGCAGCCAGGAGCCCCCGGCACCAGGAGUUCGCUCUGCCCUGCAGCCAGGGGCCGGGAUGUUGCCAAAGCCCAUCGCAGUUCCCACCACUCGGAGGAGCCCACCGGGGCUGGAGGAGGAUAGAUGUGUUGCAUCUAGAGGGUUGGAAAACAAAAAGGAAAAAAAAAAAAAAAAAAAGGAAAAAAAAAACCACAAACAAAACAAGUGUGUAGAUAGAGGAUUUUUUUAAGAACUUGCAGCUACACAAGUGUGUCUCGUGUGGGAGCUGCUCUGCCCCUCCGCCUGCUCUCCCUUCAUCUCCCUGCCUUCUUCACCGCCGGGGGGAACGUGUGAGGCCUCUCCGUGUGUCCCCCUGGCAGCUGCACAUCCAGCUGGGACCUUCCCAACACCCUGUGCUGGACCUGGCACUGCAGUGCCUCAUGUGCCACGGCUGCCAGGAGGGCUGAGCUCCGCGCCGGUACCCCCUGGUUCCCAGCACACCUAAGUCCCCCUUCCCAAAUGGCCCUGGCCCUGCUGCAGCAGCCCCUGCAGCCAGUGUUCGGUGCCAGCUCAGCCCACAAUGGGGACACGCUGGGUCAAACAGGAUGGAGCCAGGAGUGGCCUCACCAUGCAGUGCCAGCCCUGCCCUGGCACAGGGACGGGGCCCCUCUCCCUGCUGGGCUGUGUGCAGGGGUGUGGCCAUGCUGGAGCUCCCCAGAGGAUGUCCCUUAGAUGGCUGCUGGGGCACAGGUUUGUGAUGUUGUCAGCCCUGUGGACGCUGGGGCAGCUGAAGGCGGAGAUCCCAGAGGCGACACAGAGUCCAGCACAGGUCCCAGCAGGUCCGAGCUGUCAGGUCCACCACACAGCAGUGCCAGGGGACAUGUCGACAGGGCAGCAGGGGCACCACACUGUGUGCCGGCCACUGGUGUCCCAGGACCGAGGGUGACGGGCCAACCUGGGGCAAAUCACUGUGCCACCCCCAGGGCUGCGGCCGCAGCUCUCCCCAUCACAUCACACCAGCGCUUCACCGCAUCCCGCUGGGUGCAGCCGGCUGAUGGGUGCCAUCGCUGUCCCCACGCACCCAGGACAUGCCACCGCCUUGGGGACAUCUCUGCCACCAGCACCCUGUGCCACACGGCACGGCGGGACGCUCUCAUUCAGCCCCCAGCCGGGGCUCGGUUGUGUUGUGUUUCUGUUCUUGCUGUAAGCUAACCGCUAAAGUAUCUCUUUAUACAGAAUACUUACAGAUUCUAAUAUAUAUUUGUAUUUCAUUUUGUUAUAGUAUUUUUCUAUGUUCGGGGUCAACAAAUGCUGUUUUCUUUUUGUUUACAGAUGCUACUGGGCAGGAACGUGACGGUGGCUUUGUCUGGCCCGCGCGGUGUGUGUGUGUCACUGUUGCAGCCGCCGGUUUGCGCUGGGCUGGGGAGGGCACCCUCCGCCGGCAGAGGCUGUGUUGUUUUAGGAGAUGUUCGGUAUUGUCUAUGUUGUCCUCCACGUGAACAUGACAUUGAUUCAUUCAGA